GGCGGGGUUUUCCCUACCAUAGUCAUUCUAGCUACUCUUGCAAGAUGAUGUACACGAAGCUGAUGCUAUGUGCGCUUGUACUUGUUAUAGCUGAAGGUACAGAUAACCCCUGUGAUACUAAUAUAUGCAAUAAUGGAGGAACAUGUAUCCACCUGUAUGGUGAUAAUGUGAUUUGUAAAUGCGCAACCGGAUACAGAGGCGUAACAUGUGACGACGAAGAAUUUAUAUUCUCUGGCAAUAGCAAUGAUCCAUGCGACCCUGAUCCGUGUGCGAACGGGAACUGUAAGAGGUAAAAUGAAAACACAAUACAAUGUGUAUGUGAUGAUGGGUACAGUGGACGAUUUUGUGACGAUAAAUCCAUAAUAUGUCUGUCGAAAAUUGUUUUCUCCCUUAAA